AUGUUGGAUGAAGGACUUAGUAAGCAGGUGGCUCGCUUCGAAGCAGCGAACUAUCCGAGACACAUCAUUAUCUCGGUUGCUGAAAGCCUGCAUCGUCGAAGGAAGUCGACCAGAGCAGCAGAAAAAGGAGCCGCGCUGGCAGUAGGGGGAGGAGUUCCAGAAGCGGCACCAGGACAAGGUCGGCCACCGGAUCGGGAGUUGAAGACGGCCGUCGGGUUCCGGACCCGAGCCACCAGGACUUCACCCGGCCGGGGCCUCCUGCCAACCCGUUCCUGGGCGCCGCCACUCCAUCCGUUCGAGAACUGCUGCCUGAGGCCGGCAAGCGUCUGCGCCCGUGGGCAGGACGAGAGCUGUCGGGCUACGGGCCCGAGCUCCACGACCAGCUGCCCGGCCAGAACGCCGCCGCCGUCAACCCCUGCUGCCAAGCCGCCUGCCUUCCCGGGAAUCGCCACCCUGCCCGAUAAUCUACUACUGCUGCCCGAGGCCGGCCGGCAAGCGUCUGUGCCCGUGGGCAGGACGAGAGCUGUCGGGCUACGGGCCCGAGCUCCACGACCAGCUGCCCGGCCAGAACGCCGCCGCCGUCAACCCCUGCUGCCAAGCCGCCUGCCUUCCCGGGAAUCGCCACCCUGCCCGAUAAUCUACUACUGCUGCCCGAGGCCGGUGAGCGUCUGCGUCCGUGGGCAGAACCUGAGCUGUCGGGCUACGAGCCCGAGUGCCACGAUCAGCUGCCCGACCAGAACGCCACCACCGUCGGCUCGUGCUGCCGAGCCGCCUGUCUUCUCCCUCCGAGCCAGAGCUUCCACGCUCUGGUAGCCGGUCCGAUACAGCGACCUUUUGGUGAGACCAACAACGCUGCUCUCGUCGUCUCCGCUUCGCCGCGUCGAGACUGUAGUGCAUACGUACACCCGCAGCCUGCCCGA